CCUCCACCGUCCUCCCUCCCCUCGAGCGCGUGCACACGUGUGACAGACACCGUCAUUGGUGCGUCCCUUAAACGUGUCACAACUUUUGAUGGAUUACCCCACUUCUGAGAGCUGACUCUCUGCGGCCACUCACUAGCGCUCACUCUCUCCAAACCAGUCCCGGUGAAACGAGCAAAGCAAAACUUUGCAUCAUGCUCUCAGAGUCGUUCUCGUGGUCCGCGUGCACGGUGCUGUCCACGCUGGUGGUGCUGAGCGCGCUCACGGUGACUGGCACGAGCACGGCCACCACCGUGUGCCCGACGUGCGGCAUACCAGCGAUGGAGAAGGACGCGGAGGAACGAUACCUGGUCGAGAUCGCGAAACAACAGAUUCUGAACAAGCUUCACCUGCGGGAGAGGCCGAAUAUCACGCAUGCGGUGCCGCGCGCCGCGCUCAUGACCGCGCUCCGGAAACUGCACGCGGGGCGCGUGAGACAAGACGGGACCCUGGAGCUGGACAAUAACUUACCGAACUCGCUCACGAAUAACCAGGCAUACGAGAUAGUGAGCUUCGCUGAUGUCGAUGACGAGGUUUCGCCGGGUUUGGACACCAGUCUGUCGUUCCAGUUCCUGCAGGAGAAAGGCCACAGUGUUCAAGUUCUCCAGUCGUCGCUGUGGCUCUACGUUCGUCCGGCGGACGCCCCUCGUCCAGGUGAGCGUGUGAACGCUGAGAUCUACCUGUCGGGCGCUAACAAUCGCACACUGCUAAUCCAGAGGAGCGUUGAGGUCUCGCGGGGCGGCUGGCACACGUUCCCCGUCACCGCUGCCCUACAAGCCUUUCUGGACGGAGGCCAGCGUCGCCUCAAACUCCAGGUCCACUGCGAAGACGGAGAGCGAAACCUGUGUGUCCGCGACGCUUCCGGCGAACACCAGCCGUUCCUCGUAGCGCAGGUGCGUUUGCGCGAAGACGCCUCCACUCACGCGCUGAGCAAACGCUCGCUACGCUGCGGAGACGACGUGAGCGUGUGCUGCAAGAAAGACUUGUACAUUAAGUUUCGUGACAUACAGUGGCAGGACUGGAUCAUAGCGCCCGAGGGAUACCACAUGAACUACUGUAUGGGGCAGUGUCCUCAACACCUCUCGGGGUCGCCCGGCAUAGCCUCCUCGUUUCACGCCACCGUCUUCAGUCAGCUAAAGGCUAACGGGAUCCAGACCGCCGUGUCGUCCUGCUGCGUCCCCAUCCAGAGGCGCCCGCUCUCAAUGGUUUACUUCAACUCGCAGCACACCAUCGUGAAGACCGACGUCCCGGACAUGAUCGUGGAGUCCUGCGGGUGCACAUAAACAAUCAACGCUAGCAGACAGUGCUCUUAUUGAACACCUUCUAAUCAAGGCUUUCUGUCUGAGCAUUAUGGGUUUUUUAUCAUAGACUGUAAAGAAUACGGACGUGUGGUUCUGAAGAGCAUUUUCGAAGCCCAAAGUGGGCGGAGCCAACCGUCGCCAUCUUGGAAAAUGGGCAAAAAGGCGAAUUAGCUAACGGACAAUCCACCUGUCACUCAAGUGGCCACGCCCUUAAUUAUGCAGAACUUUAAGGCUUCGUAUCAUUUAAAUGGAUGAGUUAUAAAAAAAUUCAUUCCUCACAGUUGUCAUGAAGAGAAAAGAUUGCUAUAUAGACUAAAAACACUUUUAUAUAUAUAUAGAACAAACACUAGCAGUGCUCUUAUUCAUCUGCUGCUGGAACACCUGAUCAAGGCUUUCUGUCUAAGCAUUAUGGGUUUUUAUAGAUGUUCAAAUACUCAGGGAAGCACAAUGGCACGGUUAGCCCACAUGACAGAUUCAGGUGUGAAGGUCGGAGGUCUGAAAGCGGCUCAAGAGACAAUUACUGGAGGAGCAAAAUGACUCGAGUCAGAAUGAAGUGCUUAAAACAAGGGAGAAAAUGGCCAAUGGGGGUCUUGUUUUUCCUUGAAUUAAGUUUAUUUUUCCGCCACAGAAAACAAAAUAAAAAAGGUAAUUGCAACUUUUUAUCUCACAAUUGCGUGAA